UCAGAUCAAGACACGACAGAUAAAUACUCAUCAGCUGGAAUCCACUACUGCCAGUAUGUAUCAUUCUGUGUCUGAAACUAGUCACCCUUUGCAAACAGAGGAACAAGAGAUAGGCAUUGAUCCCUUGCAGAGUUUUUUGAACAAGCCAGGGGAAGGAGGAUCAAGUGAAAAUGGAAGCACACCCCCCACCUCAGAUUCAGAUGGAACUUUUACCUCUUACAGUAAAGAAUGGGAAGAACUAUUUGUAAACAACAAUUACUUGGCAACUAUACGGCUGAAGGGGAUUAAUGGGCAGCUGAGAAGCAGCAGGUUCCGUAGUGUUUGCUGGAAGUUAUUUCUGGAUGUUCUCCCACAAGAUAGAAGUCAAUGGAUUAAAACCACUUCAGACUUAAGAACUUCUUACAAUAAGAUCAAAGAAAUUCACAUUACAAACCCUCGGAAAGCAGGACAGCAAGAUCUGAUAAUCAACAACCCACUCUCUCAGGACGAGGGGAGUCUUUGGAAUAAAUUUUUCCAGGAUAAAGAGCUUCGAGCAAUGAUUGAACAAGAUGUGACAAGAACCUUUCCUGAAAUGCAGUAUUUCCAGCAAGAGAAUGUAAGGAAAAUUCUUACAGAUGUUCUGUUCUGCUACGCCAGAGAAAAUGAGCAGUUGCUUUAUAAACAGGGCAUGCAUGAACUUCUAGCCCCCAUUGUCUUUAUCCUACAUUGUGACCACCAGGCUUUUUCACAUGCCAGUGAAGCUGCGCAACCCAGUGAGGAAAUGAAAGUUCUUUUGAAUCCUGAAUAUCUGGAACAUGAUGCCUAUGCAAUGUUCACACGUCUUAUGAAAACAGCAGAACAUUGGUUUUCGACUUUUGAACAUGACAGUCAAAAGGAGAAAGAUGUGAUGAUAACACCUAUGCCCUUUGCAAGGCCACAGGACUUGGGGCCAUCUAUUGCUAUUGUAGCAAAAGUAAAUCAAAUUCAGGAUCAUCUGCUGAAGAAACAUGAUAUUGAGCUGUACAUGCAUCUGAACCGACUGGAAAUUGCUCCACAGAUUUAUGGACUGUAA